UCUCCAAUAGCAAACCCGCACCACCACAAUGUUUACCGGGCUUGUAGAAACAAUCGGCACUGUCGCUGCGCUCGAGCAGCUCGACCAGACGGCGUCCGGAGGCGGUGGCACGUCAUUGACUAUUUCGGACUGCGAGGACAUCUUGGGUGACUGCCACUUGGGUGACAGCAUCAGCGUCAAUGGAACGUGUCUGACAGUCACCGAGUUCGACAAGACGUCGUUCAAGAUCGGAUGCGCGCCCGAGACGCUCCGCCGCACGAACCUGGGCGCGCUGAAGCAGGGCUCGAAGGUCAACCUUGAGCGCGCUGUGUCGGCGCACACUCGCAUGGGCGGCCACUUCGUCCAGGGCCAUGUCGACACAAUCGCGACGAUCCAGUCUGUGACGCCUGACGGCAACGCCCUCACGUUCCGCUUCAAGCCGCGCGACCCCGCUGUGCUGCGCUACAUCGUCGAGAAGGGCUAUGUGACAAUAGACGGAGCGAGCUUGACGGUCACGAAGGUCGAGGAUGGCCCUGAGGGGUUCUGGGAGGUCAUGCUCAUUGCAUACACACAGGAGAAGGUGGUCACGGCAAGCAAGAAGGUCGGCGAGGAUGUCAAUGUCGAAGUAGACCAGGUCGGCAAGUACGUGGAGAAGAGCGUAGCCGGAUACUUUGAAGACGGUGCCAAGGGCGAGUUUGCAAUCUUGGAGAAGAUGGUCUCGAAGCUUGUCGACGAGAGGCUAAAGGCUCUGGGGAAGUGAGACGAUCGACAUGUGGGAGGACCCCAACACGGCCCCCGCAUAACCUUCCAUAACCCAUACCCAAUAGAUCGCAUUUCCUCGAAUCAAAACAGGUGCCUUAUAAGUGAUAUCGAGGGUGGUUGGAUGACGCUGAAACCGGCAUAACGGCAUGGUGGCGCAGAGAGAGUGAGGCUUAGCUUGCUCCAAAGGACUACAUAUAUAUACAACGCCUGUGGCCAGCUCAAAUGACUGACUUCUCCA